AUGCUGCAGCAGCUUCUUAAGGAAGAUGAACUCCUGCUGCAGCAAUUUCAUGGGGGGAGUGGGGCAGGAACAGCAGUAGGAACAGGCAAGAAUUUCAGCUUGCUGCAGCGCAACCAAGAUUGCCAGCAGCAGCAGCAGCAGCAAGUCCCAAUUGAUGCGCUGCUGAUUGACUUCAACGCUUUGAUGCAUCUAUGCAUCCAUGGACACCUCCCUAGCACACUCCCUGCGCUGAGUCUGAUGCAGCAGCAACAACAACUGCAGCCGCUGCUGCAGCAGCAGCACCUGCCGCUGCUGCUGCAACGGGUGUUAUCUUACCUAGACUUGCUCGUCAGACUCGUGAGACCCCGCUCUCUUCUCUGUGUUACACUAGAUGGGGUACCCCCUGCUGCUAAGUUGGCGCAGCAGCGGGGUCGCCGCUUUAGGCAGCAGCGCGAGCAGCAGUUGCAGCAGCAGCAGCUGCAGGAGCAGCAGCAGCUGAUGCUUGAGUCCGAAUUAGGGACUGCUGCAGGCGCAGCAACUCGCCCCAAAGCAACCGCCAAGCCUAGUAGGACACAACAACAACCAGCAGAAGCAGCAGCAGCAGCAGCAACUGCAGCAGAAGAUAACAAAUUUGAUAUAAAUAGCAUUGGACCUGGUACCCAUUUCAUGUUUCUUGCAGAGGCAGCAUUAAAGCGUUUUAUUUCCUAUAAGCAAAGAAGCAGCAGAGUUUGGGGCUGCAUGCGCGCCGUUCUUCUCAGUGGUGCAGAUGUACCAGGAGAAGGAGAACAUAAAUUAAUGCAACUUCUUACAAGAGGGUCUUGGGGGCCCCACAGUGCUGCUCUAGCAGAUGCAUGGAGCAGCGAGGUGCAGCAGCAGCAGCAGCAGCAGCACCCGCGGCAGCAGCAUAGAAACAGGGAGGCAGGCACAAGGUUUCGUUUGCUGCUCCCCCCGUCAUUUGAAGGCUGCGAUGAAGGCAACUCUGCAACAACAGCAGCGAUGGCAGCAACAGCAGCAGCAAAGGGAGCAGCAUCACAGGCAUCAUCGUCGUCGCAAGCAGCACGAAAUGCAACACCGAGUCAGCAGCAGCAGCAACAGCAGCAGCAGCAGCAGCAGCAGUUUUCAUCUGAGUUACUGAUUCCUCUUCCUGGUCGUAUAUGUUUAUAUGGAUUAGAUGCUGAUUUAUUAGUCUUAGCAUUAGCAAGACAAAGACCAGGUCUCUUAAUAUUAAGAGAGAAACAAAAAUCUUUAUGGAGUACAAGAGCAGCAGCAACAAGAGAAGUACUGCUGCGCAUACAAGCUGCUAUGCAAGAUCAGGAACAGCAGCAGCAGCAGGAACAGCAGCAGCAGCAGCAGGAACAGCAGCAACAGCAACAGCAACGGAAUGCGACAGGUAAGGGCAGAGGAAAAAAGAAGCAGCAACAACCACAGCAGCAGCAACAGCAGCAACAACCGUUUGAUGAAUUGCUGCUGCCUGCUUCUGGCGAUUUCCUGCGCUACACAGCAAAAGACUUCGAGGUGGUUUGUAUAGACACUCUACGUCGCCAGUUGGUGCGUUCUCUGGCAUCUGCAGCAGCAAACGAAGCAGGAACUGCAGCAGCAGUAGCAGCAGCAGCAGCGUCAACGAAGCGCUUCCCUGCUGCUUCGGGCUCGUCUAAGGAUAUGCGCAAAAAUCUAUCUGCACUGGUAGCAAGUAUUGAUUGUUUAGGGGCACCACCUGCUGCAGGGGGGGGCCCCUUCUUGGGGGCCCUCGGGCCCCUACCAAUGCCGCUUAUGCGAGGUUUAGACGCAAGCCGCUUAGUUGACGACUUCGUCUUGCUUUCUUUUUUUGUGGGGAAUGAUUUCUUACCCGCUUUACCUCACAUUAACAUUUAUGCAGGAGGAUUUUCUUCUUUGCUGCAGUUGUAUACAAGAGCCCUUCCCUGGUUGGGGGGCCCCCUGACGCGGAAGACGCAAAUCCAUCUGCCCCGUCUUAUCCGCUUCUUUGCGCUCCUUGCAGAACAAGAGGGGCCACACUUCGAACCCGAGGGGCCCCCGGGGCCCCUCAAGGCCCGGCAUGCAGCGGAGUACUACGCUGCAAAGUUUCCCCUACGCGAUCUUGCAGCAGCAGAAGCGCUUGCUGCUGCUUCUUCAGCAUCUGAACAUACGACGACAGACGGACACGAGGCACGGGGGGCCUUUGGGAGCCCCGAACGCCUUCCGGAGGUUCUGUUCGGGGUGUUUAGACACGAGUUGUGUGUAAAGUACAUAUCGGGUUUGUUUUUCCUGCUACACUACUACCACAGCGGGGCCCCCUCUUGGUCUUGGGAGUUUCCAUACAACUACGCGCCGCUAGCAUCGGACUUGGGGGCCCUCAAGGCUGCUAAGCUACGAGUGGCCCUGCCUCACUCUCAGCCUAUCUCUCCUUAUCAGCAACUGCUAGCUGUGUUGCCCCCCAGCAGCAGCGGGCUCCUGCCGGGGCCCUACAGGCGCCUGCAUGCAGCCCCAAACGACUCGUUUGUGAAGCACCUGUUCCCCUCCUCUUUCCUGGUAGACCCCUGCCCCCUCCAAGCCAUCCCUUACCCAGGGAAGGCAGCAGAGCUCUCGGAGGAGCCGCCUCUGGCAGCAGCAACACCAGCAGCAGGGGUCGCAGCAGCUGGAGAAGGUUCAGCAGCAGGAACAGGAGCAGGAGAAGGAGCUGCAACGAAUGCUGCUGUUGCUGCAGCUUUUGAACAAGGAAGGAAGGCCUUGGAAAGGGCUCUUGAAAGAAAACCCACGGCAGACAGAGCAGCACAACUACCUGAGUGGCUACAUCGGCCUCUAAUACCGUUCCUAAACCUGCAGCAGCUGCGCGCUGCUGCUAAGGAGGCGGUAGAUACAGAGAAGACUCAGGAAGGGGGGCCCCUCUCUGGCCAGAGGGGCCCUUGGGGCCCCGAGGACUUUUUCCGCAACAAGCUUGGCAGGCCGCAUGUCUUUGUUUCCCCUCGCUUGUUGACAAAGGCACGGGUUGCUAGCAAGAAGCAGCUCAGCAGGGGCAAGAAGGCGGGAUAG